AAGACUGCAAGAUUUGAAUGUGCCCUGGUGUUGGCUUCACUGACCACAGCAGGUACCCCAGGCAAGAAUCUGAGCAGUAAUAACAGCAAGUGUGGAGGCGAGACACAUCAAAGCAGAGAUGGGAAGUGAAAGAGCUCUCGUUCUGGACAGAUUAGCAAGCAAUGUGGCAAAGCGAAAAAGCUCAAUGCCUCAGAAAUUCAUUGGUGAGAAGCGCCACUGCUUUGACGUCAGCUAUAAUCCCAGCUAUAUGUAUGAGAAAGAGAGUGAGAUGAUCCAGACCCGAAUGAUGGACCAGGCCAUCAAUAACGCCAUCAGCUAUCUUGGGGCCGAAGCCCUGCGCCCCUUGGUCCAGACACCGCCUGCUCCCACCUCAGAGAUGGUCCCGGUUAUCAGCAGCAUGUAUCCCAUAGCCCUCACCCGCGCCGAGAUGCCAAAUGGUGCCCCCCAGGACCUGGAAAAGAAGAACGUCCAGCUGCCAGAGAAGAGCCUGCCUUCUGAAAGAGGCCUCUCCCCCAACAACAGUGGCCACGACUCCACGGACACUGACAGCAACCAUGAGGAACGCCAGAAUCACAUCUACCAGCAAAACCACGUGGUCCCUCCUCGGGCCCGCAAUGGGAUGCCACUUCUGAAGGAGGUGCCCCGCUCUUACGAACUCCUCAAGCCCCCACCCAUCUGCCCAAGAGACUCCAUCAAAGUGAUCAACAAAGAAGGGGAGGUGAUGGAUGUGUACCGGUGUGACCACUGCCGAGUCCUCUUCCUGGAUUACGUGAUGUUCACUAUUCACAUGGGUUGCCACGGCUUUCGUGACCCUUUUGAGUGUAACAUGUGUGGCUAUCGAAGCCACGAUCGCUAUGAGUUCUCGUCUCACAUAGCCAGAGGAGAACACAGAGCCAUGCUGAAGUGAAGAUCUGGGCCCGGAGAUGAUUUGCACCUGAGCAUUC